AUGCUAAGACGUGCAGCAUUGCCUCUCUUGAGGCCGCGAUACAUCUGGCCUCUGGUUCCGCAAGCUUUGCCGCAGAUUCAGUUGCGAUGCUAUUCCAAAGGAGAUCGACCUACUAGGGACGCAGAUUAUAAGAUUCCCGGAACAUCAAAGGACUCGCCGCAUCAAAAGGAACCCCUGCGAAAAGUCCCUUUUGUUCAACCUGCUCAGGCACCGAACGCCGAAACUCCCUCAGACUCCGCACCUACCAGUCCAUCAGUUUCGUCUCCGAAACAGCAGAUUCCUCCCCAACGUCCGCCCUUCGGUGCCGAUCCCGCUCGAGAUCUUGACGAUGUCUCAGCAUCAGUAGCCCAAGCAAGUAAAAGAUCUUUGAGGGAAGAAGGACAACAGCGGGAAUUGAAGGAUGAGCCAGCCGUACCCCAACCAGAAAACGUUGCUGCAGAACAAGAGCAGGAAGCACAGGGCCAACCACAGCAACCUCUACCCGACCUGACCAAGGGCAUUCCGUCGACGUUGGACGCGGAGCUUCGUGCUGCCAGGUCGAAACAAACUCAUCACCCCCCGAGCCUCAACAUCACUGAGGACCCCUCGGAAGAGCUACCAAGCGGAGCGCGGGGACGAGAUCGUGGCGACAUCCCUCGGGAAGAAUACGUCUCUUCUAGCGACCGAAAGAAGAACGCGGCCUUCAGAUACAUGUAUAUUAUCUUGGGGUUGGGCUCCGUCGGCUUCUCCGUCUAUUUGGGGCGUAACUGGGAAAACGAAGAGGAGGAGAAGAAACACCCUGAUGCCCCGUCAGGUUGGGGCUUCAGACCUUUCUACAACAGAAUUAGUGCUCGCCUGUCUUCAACACUGAGUUAUUACCGAGAUCCCGUCACGACGAAACUUCUGCCAGAUGAGGACCCCGACCCCAACUUCCGAUAUCCUUUUGUUCUCGUUAUAAGCUUGGAGGACAUGCUCGUCCAUUCUGAGUGGACGCGGGAGAAGGGCUGGCGGAUAGCCAAGCGACCGGGAGUGGAUUACUUUCUGCGAUACCUCUCAAGCUACUAUGAACUAGUCCUCUUUACCAGUCAGCCGAUGGCAGUGGUGGAACAGGUGCUUCGAAAGUUGGAUCCUUAUUCCAUGAUUCGAUGGCCCUUGUUUCGCGAAGCCACAGUAUACAAAGACGGUGGUUAUGUCAAGGACCUCUCAUAUCUCAACCGAGACCUGAAGAAAGUGCUCAUCAUGGACACUGAUCCUCAUCAUGUGAAGCAUCAGCCUGAAAACGCCAUCAUCCUGCCCAAGUGGAACGGCGACCCCAAAGACCAGACGCUGAUUCAAUUCAUUCCGUUCCUGGAAUAUCUGGCCACAAUGGGAUUUGACGAUGUACGAGAAGUCUUGAAGUCAUUCGAAGGAACGUAUAUACCUGCUGAGUUCGCCCGAAGAGAGAAACUCCUUCGGGCCAAGUUUGAGGCCGAAGAAGCAGAAAAGCGCAAGAAGCGACCCAAAAAGAGUCUGGGAAAACUCUCGUCCAUGCUGGGAUUGUCGAGCCCUGAAGGAGCGCACGGCUCCGAUGAGGGGAUGUCCGAGGGUAAGAUGCUUUGGGAUCAAAUCAGGGAGCGCGGUCAAAGACAAUACAUGGAACUGGAGAAGAAAAUUCAAGAGGAAGGUGCAAAGUUUCUAGCCGAACGAGAGGCGGAAGAGAAGAGAUUCCAAGAAGAGGCGUACAACAGCAUGAAGCCCAGUAAUUGGUUUUCAGGUCUGUCGGGCGGCAAAAAAGCAGAGGAAGCAGAGCAGAAGUGA